CCCUCUCUCCUCUGCUCUCUCCUCUCCUCUUGGAGCUCGGUCUCUCCUCCCGUCCUCCUGAAGCGAUGGUGUGAUUAACAGGGCUCAGUGGGAGUGAAGCCGCUCUGCUUCCUAUAGGAUCCUCUGGCCAAUCGCUGACACUCGCUCUGUGCUGGGAACACGAUGAAGGAGACGCUCGCUCGGCCAUGAGGCAACUGGGAAUUCCUCCCACUGGGAACUGGGAUUUCUGAUUUUCUCUCCUGGACUUUUUCUCAUUUCCAUCUGGACAUAUAUGUUUUUCAUAACAUUUGGUGUCUGAAGCUCCUUGGAACCAGGAAGCAGGUGGGACUGGUGGAUUUUCAACCCCAGUGGGGGGUCGGGGGGGUCAGCUCACACCCCUGCUGAGAUCCAGCACCCAUAGAUUCAUCACACUCACUUCAAUCAGGUGCCGGAUCAGGUUCCAGAUCAGGUGCAUGUGUCAAUUUGGUCACACCUCGACACUCAGAGAAGCACCAGGACCCCAUGAGAGUUGAGGAGGAGUCUCAUUAACCAGCGUCAGGGUUUCCAGCUCGGCGUGACGGGGAGGGGAGAGCGUGUGGUCACCAGGCAGCUGAGGAGAAGAUGCCAGCCAUCCUGGUGGCCUCCAAGAUGAAGUCAGGACUCCCCAAACCCAAACCGGUGCACAGCGCCCGGCCCAUUCCCCAGCAGACCCCCAGCAGGCCGGCGGCUCUCGCUCUGCCUCCGGCACCCGUCAAGAGCCACAUCCCGUCCCUGGGCCAGCAGGUGGGGUCAGGACCCCCCCUGAGGAGCAAGGCUGCCGGGUCAGAGGCUGGAGACAACACUCAGAUCUACACGGACUGGGCCAACCAUUACCUCGCCAAGUCAGGGACCAAGCGUGUGAUCAAGGAUCUGCAAACAGACGUCACGGACGGAGUGCUGCUGGCCGAGAUCAUCCAGGUCGUAGCCAAUGAGAAGAUCGAUGACAUCAAUGGCUGCCCCAAGAGCCGCUCUCAGAUGAUUGAGAACAUCGAUGCCUGCCUCAGUUUCCUGGCAGCCAAAGGAGUCAACAUUCAGGGUCUGUCUGCAGAAGAGAUCCGGAAUGGAAAUCUGAAAGCCAUCCUCGGCCUCUUCUUCAGCUUGUCCCGCUACAAGCAGCAGCAGCAGCAGGCCCAGCGGCAGCCCCCCCUCCCGUCCCAGGGCGCCCACCCGCCCCUGAGCCAGCAGAGCAGCGCCCCGGCCCAGCUCGGCCACGCUCCGGCCCAUGGGACUCCGGCCCUCGCAGCCCAGAGAGCAGCGCAGGCCGACAUGCAGUCCAGGGAUGGAUCUCAGAGUAAACUACUCAAGUUUUCCCUCGGUCAGAAAAAGACCUCUAGACUUCCCGGCCCCACCACGAGGGCGUCCACUGCCGGCGGUGACAUCCCCCCCCGGGGCUCGGUCGGUGCUGCCGGGAACAGACGCAGCCAGGGCUUCAGUGACAAGACCAAAGCCAACUCGCACCUGAACAGAGAUUCCUCAGAGGGCCUGACCCCGCAGCCGUCGGUGAUGACUGAGCAUGCUCCGUCAUCUACGGUGACCGUCGGCUCCUCCACCAGCAUCCCCGCUGCUACCUCCACCCUGAUUCCUCCCUCGUCUUCAUCCACGUCCUCAUCCUCCUCGUCCACGGCCAUUCCCCAGCCGAACAGCAACAGCAAGCCGUGGAGGAGCAAGUCCAUGAGCUCCAAGCACUCGUCCUCCACCUCUCUGUCCUCCACCAGCACCCCCACGUCUGCCAUGCAGUCCGUCAAGCAGGAGAAAGACACCUCCUGCAAAACGGCUGCAGCAACCGAAGCUCCACCGAAGGCCGUCGCUCAGAGGUCGAUGCUGGAGAAGCUCAAGCUCUUCAACAGUAAAGGAAGCUCCAAAUCUUCCAACUCCUCCAAUGGAGGAGGGGCCCAGACUGAUAAUUCCGCCCCAGCCAGGCAGCUCGGAGCAGGGCAGGUGGAGACCGGCUCCAACACCGAUCUCCUGGGACAAGAUGAAGGUAACGUCAGACCGGGAAUGAACGGAACCAGCAACGGUUCAGCUCCAGGAGCGACUGUCUCCACAAUUGCCAGCAGCCCCAAAAUCGCCCUGAGGGGUAUCGCCCAGCGGACCUUCAGCAGAGCUAUGACUGCCAAGAAGAGCUCUGUCAAAGGCCUCGAGAAAGAAAAGGAGAAGGAGAGGGGGAAGGAGAAGGAGAAGGAGAAGGACAGAGGGAAGGAGGUGGGGAAACGCGCCUCGGUCCCUGACAGGACAGAGCUCAGGGGAGAGGACAUGAAGGAGGAAGUAUCGCCCGUCCCCUCAGACGCAGACAGCUCGAAUAAAAGGACGUCUAAAAUCGCCAGCUUCAUUCCCAAGGGGGGUAAAGCAGCGAAAAAGGAGAGUUCCACCCCUGCACACAGCGGAAUACCAAAGCCAGGAGGCAAAGCCCCGGGAGUGGGGGGCAAGGCCUCCUCAGUGAAGGAGGCAGGGGAGAGGCCUCGGAGCAUGCGGUUGGGGGGGGGCCUCGCCAUGCACCGCGGCCCCCUGGAAAGAGACAGGGACAGCAGACACUCCAGCUCUACCUCCAGCCUGGCCUCCAGCGAGGGCAAGAGCAGCGCCGCCCCUGUGGCCGGAGGCGGCACGACACAGAGCACAGCCAGCAACACGGUCAGCGUGCAGCUACCUCAGACCCAACAGCACCACAGCCACCCCAACAUGGCCACCGUCGCCCCUUUCAUGUACAGAUCCCAAACAGACGACGAGGGAACCGCCAGCACUGAAGGCGGCUCGGGGGGGAGAGGUGGAGACGUUGCCUUCACCAAGUCCGGCCAGCCCUCCAUCGAGGACCUCUCAGGUGAAGACCCGGAGACGAGGAGGUUGAGAACGGUCAAGAACAUCGCAGACCUGCGGCAGAACCUGGAGGAGACCAUGUCCAGCCUGAGAGGAACUCAGGUCACACACAGCACCUUGGAAACCACCUUCGAUGGCAGCGUCACCACAGACAUCAGCGGCGGCGGCGGCGGCAGCAGCAACAAUGGCGCCGCCGGUCGCAGCAUCCUCAGCCUCACCUCCAGCCGCCCCUCCCUGUCCUCAUGGCGACUGGGCCAGUCCAGCCCUCGUCUGCAGGCGGGCGACGCUCCCUCUUUGGGGAACGGCUAUGGUGGGCGGGUGGGCGGCGGCGGCGGAAGCCAGGCAGGACGCUACCUGUACCCCGGGCACCUCCGACGGCAGCUGGCCGGCAGAGGAGGAGCCAUUUGCAGCGUGGAGCUCGGAGACAGAGCCGGGGAGGACAUGGACCUGGACGGCAUCGCCAUGGAGGUCACGGGCUACAUGAGCGAUGGAGACGUGCUGACAAAGAACGCUGCUCGCACCGAUGAUGUCACCAGCGGAUACAUGACUGACGGAGGUUUGGGACUGUACACGCGGCGCCUGAACCGCCUGCCCGACAGCAUGGCCGCCGUCCGGGAGACGCUGCAUCGGAAGACGUCGACGGGGCAGGGAGAUGCUGACAGCUGGGAUGACAGCAGCUCAGUGAGCAGCGGCAUCAGCGACAACAUUGACACAGAUGACAUCAACACCAGCUCCUCCAUCUCCUCCUACGCCAACACACCGGCGGCACAGCGCAAGGGCCUCAACGCACAGCCUGUGACGGAUGCAGAGAAGCACUCGGCCUCCACCGCGCUGCACCAGGCCUGGUCGGGAGACGAGGUGAAGAGGCCAGACGGGGGGUCAGACAGCGGGGUCAGGAUGGAGCCGGGCUCCAAGUGGAGCCGCAGGACCACCUCCGACAUUUCAGACGAGUCGGACAAGGGCGGCUCGGGGAGGAAGACCCCCUCUGUGUCCCACACGGGCUCCUGGAGGAGAGGCAUGAGCACUCAGGUCGGGGUGACGUCCCCUCGGACUAAGAGCUCCAGCAGCACGGGCUCCUCGGGCCCCGUCGGCCUCAAGGGCCACAGCUCAGGUAAGACGGAUGACGUCAAGGUGUCGGAGAAAGGACGCGUGUCCCCUCGGGCUAACGGCCUCCACCGCUCGCCCUCGGACGCGGGACGCAGCAGCGGCGACGAGGCCAAGAAACAUUCCAUCUCCAGCAGCCGCGCGUCCACAACCAACGUCCUCACGCACACCCUCUCAGACCCACACUCGCAGACACACACGCACACCUCACGCACCCCCACCAGCACCUUUGGCUUCAAGAAGCAGGGCCAUGGGAUGGUGACCAUGGUCACGGCCAGCGGUGCCACAAUCACCAGUGGUUCGGCCACCCUGGGGAAGAUGCCCAAAUCGGGGGCGCGCUCACUAGCAGGAGGCCUGAAGGCCAGCGGGCAGGAGGGCGGGGGGGCCCUGGGUCACCACGAUGACGGCUUCCUGUCCAUGAGCGCCCGCUCCACGCUGCAGUACCGCAGCCUGCCGAGGCCCAGCCGCUCGGGGGCCGCCGCCCGCCACGGGAACCGCUCGUCCACCAGCAGCAUCGAGGCCGCCGUGCUCUCCGUCACGUCACACGGCAAAAACCACAUCAGCCUCGCCAAGGCCAACGGCUCGGGGGGGCUCCUGGCCAAUCAGACGGAUCGGGAGAAGGGAGUCUCGGACAUCGACACCCUGAGGGGCGGGGUCGUGAUGCAGGGGGGAGGAGCAGCGACUGUUCCUCUGACUGGGAGGCAGCAGGUCUCCUCACCCACGCUUCGCAGGUUGUUUGGUGGGAAGCCCGGUAAACAGGCUCCGGUCACCACGUCCGAGAACAUGAAGAACGCCACCGUUAUCUCCAACCCCCACGCCACCAUGAACCACGUGACCACGGUGCUGGAGUCGCCCGAUGGAGGCCUGGGAGGUGCAGACAGCGAGACCAGCAGCCCCCUGUAUGGAGGCAGGGCACUGGGAUCGGGUACUGGGACGCUGGGCAGCGAGCAGGCCUCCAGCCCCGGCUCAGUCUACUCCUCCACCGGCCCCUCCAACAGCCUCACAUGGGGCACCACCUUCAGCAGCUCCUCGGCCCCGAGCAGGGAGAGCACGCUGGGCGGCAACGGCGGGACGGGCAGCAUGGGCUACCCCUCCGUCAGCAGCAUGCACACCAGCAGCGAGUCCAUCGACAUGAGUCUAGGCAGCGUCGGAGGAGGAGCCGGCCACGGGACCCACAGGGAGGACACCCUGUCCGCACUGGGACGCACCGGCAGCGUCAAGACGGGCAUGUCUGAGAGUCCCCUCUCCUCCCCCACCGCUAGCCCCAUAUUCAGCCGAAACACGCUCCCUCGGAAGCAGGACAGCGGGACUCACUGUGGUAGAAACACUCUGCCUAAGAAGGGACUCAGGUACGGCCCCACGCCACAGCUGCGGAGCCACGAGGAGGCCCGUGAUUGGCUGCGCUCCCACUCCACCAGCGGGCUGCAGGAGUCGGCCAGUAACUCCCCGUUCUCCCCCGGCUCCAGCAUCACCUCCCCCUCCGGCACGCGCUUCAACUUCGCACAGCUCGCCUCCAGCCCGACCUCAGGAGCUCAGAACAACAUCGCCGGUCUGCGCAACAACAGCCUGACCAAUCAGGACGCGACCUUCGACCCCUGCGCCGACAACCGGCUGAGAAACUCCUGCAUGUCGCUGGACGAGAAGACUCGCACCAUGAGCCGCUCGGGCUCCUUCAGGGACGGCUUCGAGGAAGUUCAUGGAUCGUCUCUGUCCCUGGUCUCCAGCACGUCCUCCAUCUACUCCACGAACGAGGAGAAGUCUCAGUCGGAGAUCCGCAAGCUGCGCCGGGAGCUGGAUGCCUCCCAGGAAAAGGUUUCCGCCCUGACGACACAGCUGAGUGCCAACGCUCACCUGGUGGCAGCUUUCGAACAGAGUCUGGGCAACAUGACCAUCCGCCUGAAGAGUCUCACCCUGACCGCCGAGCAGAAGGACUCUGAGCUGAACGAGCUGAGGAAGACCAUCGAGCUGCUGAAGAAGCAGAACGCUGUGGCUCAGGCGGCCAUCAACGGAGUCAUCAACACACCUGAGCUCACGCCGAGACGGGACAGGACAGGCAGCAGCAAUGGGAGCCCUCAUCAGCAGCAGCAGCAGCAGCAGCAGCAGCAGCAGCAGCAGCAGCAGCCCGACCUGCGCAUCAGGAGGCAGCACUCGUCCGACAGCGUCAGCAGCAUCGCCAGUGCCACCAGUCAUUCCAGUGUGGGCUCCAACAUGGACGCCGACGCAAAGAACAAGAAGAGGAACAAGAAGAACUGGCUGCGAAGCUCCUUCAAACAGGCGUUCAGCAAGAAGAAGUCUCCCAAGUCGGCCUCGUCUCACUCGGACAUCGAGGAGAUGACGGACUCGUCUCUCCCCUCGUCCCCGAAGCUGCCCCACAACGGCACCUCCGCCGCCGGCCACAUGCUCCGGAGCACACACUCCAACUCCCUGUUGUCCGAGUGCCUGGACAGCGAGGCGGAGAUGGUGAUGCAGCUGCGGAGUGAGCUCCGAGAGAAGGAGAUGAAGCUGACCGACAUCCGCCUGGAAGCCCUCAGCUCCGCCCACCAGCUGGACCAGCUCCGGGAGGCCAUGAACCGCAUGCAGCUGGAGAUCGAGAAACUGAAGUCAGAGAACGCCUGUCUGAAGGUGGAGAACCACGGCAGCAGGACGGGCUCUCAGGCCUCCGUCUCCUCGUCUCCUCCCGCUCACACCAACAGCCACGCCUCGGGACCCGGACUGUCUCAGCACAGCCUCAACCUCACCACCAGCGAGUCCACCAGCCUGGACAUGCUGCUGGAUGACACCGGCGGAGAUGGAGGGAUGAGGAAGGAGGGGAGACACGUGAAGGUCGUGGUCAACCUGGAGGAGGACAGCAAGUGGGGAGAGGAGGGUCGGUCUCGCCAUUUCCUGAUCGGCUGCAUCGGCGUGAGCGGUAAAACCAAGUGGGACGUCCUGGACGGAGUGGUCCGCCGCCUCUUCAAGGAGUACAUCACCCACGUGGACCCGCUGAGCCAGCUGGGCCUGAGCUCGGACAGCGUGGAGGGGUACAACAUCGGGGAGAUCCACCGGCCCAGCAGCCUCAGCGCCGCCCGCACCCCCGAGCUGCUGCCCUGCGGCUACCUGGUGGGAGACAGCAACACCAUCAGCAUCCAGCUCAAAGGUGUGACCAGUAAGAACGUGGACUCGCUGGUGUUCAACACUCUGAUCCCGAAGCCGAUGCUGCAGCGCUACGUGUCGCUGCUGAGGGAGCACAGACGGGUCAUCCUGUCCGGCCCCAGCGGCACAGGAAAGACCUACCUGGCCAAUCAGCUGUCCCGACACCUUCUGCUGCUGGAGGGCCGACCUCUGACCCCUCGCGCCGUCGUCACCUUCAACGUGGACCACAAGUCCAGCAAGGAGCUACGUCAGUACCUGACAGGUUUGGCGGAGCAGUGCAGUGGAGUACCGGGGGUGGAGAGCCCCCUGGUGGUCAUUCUGGACAACCUGCACCACGUCAGCUCCCUGGGGGAGAUCUUCAACGGCCUCUUCAACUGCAACUCCAAGCACUGUCCGUACAUCAUCGGCACCAUGAGCCAGGCCACGUCAUCCGCCCCCAACCUGCAGCUUCACCACAACUUCAGGUGGGUGCUGUGUGCCAACCACAUGGAGCCGGUGAAGGGCUUCCUCGGCCGCCACCUGAGGAGGAAGCUGAUCGAGACGGAGAUCGCCAGCCGGACGCGCAACAUGGAGCUGGUGAAGAUCAUCGAGUGGAUCCCACGGGUCUGGCACCACCUGAACUGCUUCCUGGAGACGCACAGCUCCUCCGACGUCACCAUCGGACCUCGUCUCUUCCUGUCCUGUCCCAUGGACGUGGAGGGGUCCAGGGUUUGGUUCACUGACCUGUGGAACUACUCCAUCAUCCCCUACAUGCUGGAGGCGGUGCGGGAGGGGCUGCAGCUGUACGGCCGCAGGGCCGCGUGGGAGGACCCGGCCGCCUGGGUGAUUGACACCUACCCGUGGUCAGCCACGCCCACUCCAGCGGAAUGGCCCCCCCUGCUGCAGCUGCGCCCGGAGGACGUGGGGUUCGAUGGCUACUCGGCCCCGAGGGAGGGAGUUAGGAAGGAGCCCCCCCAGAGCGACAGCGACGCAGACCCACUGAUGAACAUGCUGAUGCGUCUGAAGGAGGCGGCCACGUCGUCCAGCCCCCAGAGCUACGACAGCGACUCCAACAGCAACAGCCACCAGGACGACAUCCUGGACUCGUCUCUGGAAUCGACCUUGUGAUGUCACCAAAACGCCGGUUUCACGUUUUCAGGAGAAACUUUUUUAAAUAGGGAGCGUUCUCACUGUGAGAGCAUUAGAAUCCAGCCACCUUAAUUUGGGUGCAGGUAACCCAAAUAUUUAAAAAGAAGAGUAAAGUUAAGAUAACAUUUCAGAAAGCGGACAACAGAGGUUUCUACUGAACUGUUCAGUUCGUCCUUAUUUCUUUUCUCACCGCUGUGGCCCCGGGCUCCCGUCAGGAGCCUCACGUCAGACAGACAGAAUAAAGCACACAGGCAUCCUCAUGUCCCCCAUCGUCCAGCCAUCAGCACCAGCCAGGACUCGUCUGUCCUCCACCGGGACGCAGCUCCGGCUCAUCAGGCCAAGAGGCUCCUGGUCCUGCACAGCCGCAGUGCGCCUGCGCCGCCUGCAGAGGGCGAUACAGGCCCUGGUCUGCAUGGGAAAAGCACAGAGGAGGAAGCUGCUGACUCUGGAUGGAAGCACAGCCCCUUUCUGCUGGAGGAAGAGUUAAGCAAAAGUGAGCGUCCUGAAACUCUCACUUUCAAAAGCUCCUGAGAACAACACGUGUCCCUAAAAAAGAAUUAAAGGUCCAGCGUGUAAGAUUCAGGUGAAAGGGAUCCAUUGACAGAAAUUGAAUAUGAAAUAAUCCUAGUGAUGAUUUCACGAGUGUGUUUCAUCUAAAUUGUAAAAAUUGUUGUUUUCUUUACCCAGGAACAGCCCCUUUAUAUUUAAAUACUUUAUAUUUACAUCCCUUCCACGGAGGCUGCCAUUUUUUUUUACAGUAGCCCAAACCGGACAAACUAAACCCUUUGAGUUUUUAAGACGACUGAACUCUACACACUGAACCUUUAAGAAAGCACAAGUAAAAAGGCGAGUUUCUGAGUUAUAUUCAUAGCCAGUGGAGAAAUGGUUGAGAUAUAAACACGUGUGCAACAAAGACCAACUCUGCUGCAACAUUGCUUCAUCCAAACAGGGGAAAUAAAUAAUCUCUCCAAACUGAGGAGACAAGCUCGGUCAGCUCAACCAGACAUUCUCACCACAAUCCCACUGACGCUCUUUCUUCGGCUGUCCACACAUCACACGGUGCAUUCCAUCAAGGUCCCCAGUGGUCGCGUCCGGCCUCGUGGAUGAGAAUCCAUUGUUCCAGCAGAGAGUCGUUCUUUUUGAAAUGCAGCAAAAAAAAACUUUCAUUCGCACAAAACACAACUCAGACCCACUGGAAAUUUCUUGUCCAGUGCAACAUCUGUGGCUAAUUUGACAAAGCCAACGAGAACAGAAUUGAAUUUACAAAAAUCCCUUUUCGUCUUCCUUUUCACAAAGGAGCAAAGACUUUGACUGUGGCUUAAUUUCUCCUUUGAACUAUAACAGUAUUUGAGGUAAAUGUCAUUUUCUACCCGUUUCUGUGCAGUUUCACAAACGACGCCUCCACCAUUUCUUGCUUUAACCUCUCAGCACAUUUGUGGCCCAAACAGGCUUCUGUAGCACAGGUCUCCUUCUCGGUGCUGGACUGAAUCCCAUAUCAAACAAUGCCUUACUUCUUCUUCUUUGAGUUUUGUUUUCGGACAGACUAUGUGCAUUCGCUGAGUCUUUAUACGUCUGAACGGCUGUAGACUGUAACUCACAGGGCUCCGAGGCGACUCUGCCCUUGAGCAGCGUCAACCUCUCAUCAUAUCAAACACCAGUGGCCGUGGUCGUGGAGGAGGAGACGGGACAGAGAAGCAGCACUUUGGGGUUUGCAGGUUCAGUCGUCUGCUUGCAGGAGCCGGUGCUGAGAAGCUGGUGUAGAUAUGUGGACCACUAGCAGGAAAGAGAAACAUAUAAAUGUGUGUGUUGUGUGUGUGUGUGUGUGUGGGGGGGGGGGUUUGGUGCUGGACGUGAGAAGGCAGGUUGACUGGAUGAGGGAAGUUUAAGAUGUCUUGAUUUUAUACCUCAUCCCCAUCCUCUAACUUUGCUUUCUCCCACGCCCAUCGUCUGUGUCGUGUGUUUUUUGUGAUGAACAAAACUAAUUAAGUGAGAUCUAGUGUAUAUGCUGCUUUGUUUAUAGACAUAUAUAACUAAUCGGAGGUUUAAGAUAUAAAAAAGGUUCUUGUGGUUGAGCGAGGAUGUAAAAAAAACUGAAAAAAAACGGCUUCACAUCAUUUCUACGGCUCAAAGAUAAUAAAGUCUUUCAGCUACUUCUUUGUUUCUGCCUCCUGGGACGGGCAGGGGGGGGGGGGGGGGGGGGCAGCUUCCAUCACUUUCAGUGUUUUUGUCACCGAUGCUAUGCAAAGUUCAUUCUUAUCUCCAAAUGGAAGCCAAAACGUGCAUUUGUCCCCCCCGAGCAGAUUGCAGCACUGCCGAGACGUACAGCUUGGAAUGAGAUUUGUAUUUUUGGGGGGUUUGUGGCAGAAGUUCUUUGUCCAUGUGUGUGUCUGUGUGUGUGACUGUGUGUGUGUGUGUGUGUGUGUGACUCCCAGAGAAUCUCCUGCUGCAGUCCCUGUAAGCACAAAGAGACGGACUCUUAUCUUGUCUGCUCUCGUUGUGGAAGCAUCAGACCCGUCAGUCGGUUUAUUACCCACAAACUCGAUGAAUGUUCAGCCUUCUUUGCUAUGUACAUUUUUUUCUAUAUAUGUAACAUAACUCUGUAAAUAGUUGGUUAUCCUGCAGCAUUUUGAUGACUUUUUCUAGACGAUUUGUUACGGUACUUGAAAAGAAAAGGAAGUAUUUUGUGUACAGUCUCUUUACAUCAGAGCAGAUCGAUGCCGUUUGUCAUCACCGGUCUGUCCAGGGCUCGGAGAAUUGAAUCUGAUAUCACUGUACUAGUCUUAAGUUAUUGUGAUUCAAUAAAAUUUAUGAUUAUUUAUGAUUUAA